CCAGGUAUUCGGCAUUUUUUAUACGGAUUCUUUAAUGUGACGUGCUCACGUGGCAAGCAUUUUUUGUCGAUUCGUACAAUGUUAUGUUAUUUUUAGCCGUUGAUCAAUAAUUUGUUUGUCUUUAAUUACAUUAUAAUGAUAGCAUACGGUAUUUAUUUUAUUUUCGUGUAAUAUUAUUUUAUUUACUGAUCUCGAAAGAAAUUUCGUAGACGAAACCAUAUGAGAAAAAGUGCUAGCGUGGUGCCUUUCGGUGAUAAAGUGAUUUUGGAUACGCAUUCUUAUCUUGUAUCUCGGUAUUGGUGUAUACCUGUGCAUAUGCAAAUGAAUAUUUAUAUUUAUUCAUCGUAGGUGCAAUGUUUGUAUAAAAACGAAUAUCGGAGCGAUUUGAUAUUCUACGGAGAUGCACUCAUCGAACGUAACUAGACCGAAAUAAUUGACCAGCGAGCGUGCAGAGAAACCAGACGUCGAAGAUUUUCUCUUAUUCAAGAAGCGGAGGCUCUCUAGCUGGAGCGAGCCACGACGCAGCGCAAGUGGUGACAAGAAUGCGGUGACGUUGAGAAACAACACAACCCGAAAAUAUACAUAUCCUAACAAUACAUAUUAUAUCGCGAAUUAAUAGAAUACCCAAAUCCAUAUCCAGUCUGCGACGUUUAUUAAUGCAAGACUUCUCAACGCCCUAUAUCGGAGCAAGAAACAAAUGCGACAUAUCGAUUGCCAAACGUAUCAUAAUAUUAUCAUUGACUCCGUUAUUAAAACUUGAGGAACGUCUGCUGGAUAUUAAACCGCGGCAGAUUUAAUCCAGCGAUUUACUUCGUCUCGUUUAGUGAAAUCUGUCCUAACGGCACCGAGACCGAACUUCAAAGAGCAGUCGCAUUCCAAAACGGACGAUGACGCGUGGACUAUCACGGCGAGUUAUCGAUUUUACACGUCAGUGAUUGUCAGUCAUCUCGAUUAGACUAAGGAAUAGCUGCUCUCGGAGCGAAUCUCUUUCGCAUCGUGAAAUUCUCGGCACGAUCAGCUCGCGCGAGAGGGAAAAGGACGGGGAAGACGCGUUUCCUGUGGAUCUUCUCACCUCAUACUCGAACGUUUAAUUAGCGUCCUCGAUCGCGUAGAAAGGAGGAACUAGCCGAGUCGCCCGGACCUUCGACGUCGUUCGGCGAGUGGAGGGAGGUCGAGGCGGGAGCGGGAGGAUGUUGCUGAGGUAACACGACAUUCCGAGGCCGCACGAGAAGCACGAUAAUCGCAGCGCGCGCGGCGCAGGACGCGACGGGGAAAGGAAGUGUCGAUCGCGCAGCGGACGUACGAAGGAAGGAUCGUAGAACGGUGGAUGAGCAGGAUGGGCUUCCCCAGGAGAAGGUCCUUGUGGCUGAAGGUGGCUGUGCUGGCGACCGCCGUGUGGGUGACCGUCUGUUUGCUCUACACGGAGGAUCGAGCGGCGGCGGCCGCCGUACAAGGAUUGGCGCCGUCAGGCAUCGCGGCACCGCAGCAAGCGGCGAACGGCUUUGCGCCGGCCGCGGCGGCGCCGUUUAAAAAGGAGACACCCGGUAAUCCGCUCGGCAACAGGGCGAGGAUCAACCAAGCCGGUCCGGAGCAAGAUCCCGUAGGAGGUGGCGGUGUGCUGGCUUUACCACGGGAACCGGAUGCUUCUGCGCCCGGCGAGAUGGGCAGGCCCGUGAUACUGCCGACCAACAUGUCCGCACAGACCAAGAAGCUGGUGGACGACGGCUGGCUCAAUAACGCGUUUAAUCAGUAUGCCAGCGAUCUCAUCUCUGUGCACCGGUCCUUGCCCGAUCCACGCGAUCAGUGGUGUAAGGAGUCUGGCAGAUAUUUGAAGGACCUUCCGCCCACAGCGGUAAUUAUCUGUUUCCACAACGAAGCUUGGUCCGUAUUGUUACGUACUGUGCAUUCCGUGCUGGAUAGAUCGCCGGAGAGUCUCAUACAAGAGAUCAUCCUCGUCGACGACUUCUCCGAUAUGCCCCACCUGAAGCGUCAGCUGGAGGACUAUAUGAUGAAUUAUCCGAAGGUGAGGAUCAUAAGGGCGAAUAAACGGGAGGGCCUUAUUAGGGCACGCCUGUUGGGCGCCGCGGCGGCCAAAGCUCCGGUGCUCACGUAUUUGGACAGCCAUUGCGAGUGCACGGAGGGCUGGCUGGAGCCUCUUCUGGAUCGGAUCGCACGCGAUCCGACGACGGUAGUUUGUCCGGUGAUCGAUGUUAUAGACGACACCACCCUGGAAUACCACUGGCGCGAUUCGGGCGGCGUAAAUGUCGGCGGAUUCGAUUGGAAUCUUCAGUUUAAUUGGCACGCGGUGCCGGAGAGGGAGAAAAAGAGGCACAAAAACCCGGCCGAACCUGUUUGGUCGCCAACGAUGGCCGGCGGCCUCUUUUCGAUAGAUCGAGCCUUCUUCGAGCGGAUCGGCACUUACGACAGCGGCUUCGAUAUCUGGGGUGGCGAGAAUCUUGAAUUGUCAUUUAAAACCUGGAUGUGUGGAGGUACUCUGGAAAUCGUGCCGUGCUCGCACGUGGGUCACAUCUUCAGGAAACGUUCGCCUUACAAGUGGCGCAGCGGCGUGAACGUGCUCAAGAGGAACAGCAUAAGGCUGAGCGAAGUGUGGCUGGACGAGUACGCCAAGUACUACUAUCAGAGGAUAGGUCACGACAAGGGAAACUACGGCGACGUAUCGGAGCGGAAGACUCUUAGAAAGAAACUGGGAUGCAAGUCGUUCAAGUGGUACCUGGACAACGUUUACCCGGAACUCUUCAUUCCGGGCGAAGCGGUCGCCUCAGGAGAGAUAAGGCAAAUCGCUAGCGGGAUGUGUAUAGACUCACCGGGGAAAUCCGAGGAUCUGCAUCAGCCGGUGGGGCUGUACCCCUGUCACCGUCAAGGCGGCAAUCAGUACUGGAUGCUCAGCAAGACGGGUGAAAUCCGUCGAGACGAGUCGUGCCUGGACUACAGUGGCAGCGACGUCAUCCUGUAUCCUUGCCACGGCAGUAAAGGCAACCAGCAAUGGAUCUACAAUCCUCAGACUAAUCAUAUCAGGCACGGCAGCAGCGACAAGUGUCUGGCAAUCACGGAGAGCAAGCAGCAACUGGUGAUGGAGGAAUGCUCAUCCAAUGCGCCGAGGCAGAGAUGGUCCUUCGAGAAUUACGACCCGUCGAAGCUGUGAUACCGCGCCCACUCGCGCCGUCAUUCGCACAAUCUCGGUCACGGUCCCGAGCGCGCCGGAUCCUGGCUGCCAGGGAAACGUUACUCGAUCGCUAAGACCCGCUUUGGCAGAUAAAUCCCAAAUUGUCAAGGAAAUUCCUGCGAAAUCGCUCGAGACCACUCGAAUCGAGACGAACUCCUAGACGAACUCGUCGAGAAACGAGGCAAGACGGUCUCUUUAUCGGCGAGAUCGAAAUGUGGAAAAUAACGAGGUAGAUCGCGAUGCAACGAAACUUUCGCGAGGACAAUAUUAGGGAAUUUUGUACUCGAGAAGUCGCAUUUAAUUAGCAUAAUUUCCGAGCGUCGCGUGGCGCUCCAAACGAUUACGUCUUGACUUUUAUGUUGUAGUUCUAAGUAUUAAGAAUAUUGCGAGGGAUUGGCCCGAACGGGAUCGUGGACGAACGUGAUCGUAUCGACCAUCGAGUAGCUCUCGAUCGUCACUUUCGUUCGCUGAUCGUUGGCGCUUCCACGAGGAUCAAGGAAGCGGAACGCUCGGUGCCAUCGUGGGAACGGACGCGUGCCGCGCGUCGAUCCUUGCGAGCGAAUCGUCGAUUGUAGACGAGGGAAGUAGCGAAACAUUUCCCUAUUUCUCUCUAUCGUGACGCCGGCAAUUCUCAACUGCAAAAUGUCUUCGAUGAGCCUGAACAUGUGCAAUGAUUAUCCUUUAGGAAAGUCAAGUGUGCCAAAUUUGAAUUGUAUCCCCGUAAUAAAGUAUUCCCAUCCCCGUUCUAACCGACGGCGGGCUGACUGGUGUGUUUGAAGUAGCAAACACGCAUCGCCGUCAAGGGAAAGCUUGUAGUUGCGUGUGCCGAAUGAUUUAAGGAGAUCGUAUUGAACGAUAUCUGCACAGUCGUAUGUUGACUCUCGGAGUGCGAGUUCGGAAGAAACGCGAAAAGAAUUAUAACUUCCUUAAUGCGAGUUGCGUUCCAACAACUGCGUUGCUCUCACGCAACGGCUUGCGCGUGUAAUUAAAGAUGGUUUAUCUUCAAGUUGUCUCGAAUCUCCGGUGAAAGUGUGCAAGCGAUUUUUCUCCGCUGAUAAUCCGUUAUCCAUUUCAUCGCGCAAAGACGUAUACGACAGUUUCAACCGAUCACUAAACAUCCAUUCCAAAUGUCAAAGUCAAACGACGCAGUGCGGCACACCGCCAGUCGACGAUUCGACCAUUUCGCGAUGGCAUUCGUUGAUCGCUCAUAGUCUUUUUCUCGCCACUUCUUCGAAAGUGACUCUUGCAUUCCAGAUAUACGCUGUGACGAUGAAACGAAGACGGCGACGUAACAUAAAAAAGAGAAUGUAUUUUUUUUUAGUUUCUAAGUUAGGUAUUCGAUAAAUAGUUAGGGAUGCGCAAGGAGAGAGUGACGAAACAUUCCGAAGGCACAUGGACGUUUGAUUCUGAUUGUACAUUCGUGUAAGAUACGAUGUCUUGAUGCCAGUUCAGGAUAUAAGUACCGCCUAAGUAGAUUUAAGGGAGUGUUAAGUGAAUGUGAGCAUAUGCGGGUUAUUAAUCCGCGGGAUUGUUUUCACUUCCCGCGAACUGCCGCGAACGAUUCGCAAUCGCUAAUCGGCGAUUAGUUGGAUAUGUAAAUCUGCUGACGAACACUUCACGAAAAGUACGCUUUUAUAAGGCAUGGGUCCUUUGUUAUAAUUUUAAACUACAUAUCAUUGUGCGAAUAUGAUUGAGAAUCGUGAACAGAUAAUAGUCUACGUAUAGGCUAUAAAAUAGAGAUUAAAAUUUAAAAUCAUUAAUUAGUCUUUACCUGUUAGUCACACGUUCAAAAAUUUACAAAAUGUUUUUCUUAAAAAAGUCUAAUUUAAAACUACGAAUGCGUAGUUUAAUCAUUUUUAUCCACGUGCUUCUUUUCAGAUGUUCACGUUUAAGACGCGAUUCGUGAAAAUAAUUUUUGCGUGCCAACAAAAUCGUAAAUAUCACUGCGUACGCAAAAACGUGUAAAAUUAUCAAUGAUUGUUAUUUUUUAUAAAGAUACUCAUCCGUAAUGCCAUAAUUCUACGAGUUUCAUCAUGUGAUGCAAUUUUAUACAUAUCUUUUUGUCCUCCGUUAAAUUUUAUAAAAAGAUACAUUUAAUACUCCGAAAAAAAAUGUAGCGAAGAAAAUUUGAAUUACGUACAGAUCUUUUUUGAAAAAGAAGUUUUGAAAAUGCGUACCACACAAAAUAUAUGUGCUCUAUGAAAAUUAACCGAAUAAGAUGUUUAGAAGUCGCAACGAAUAAUAAGAAAUUACGAUGGCACUUUUCGUGGACGAAAAACGAAUCGCGUAUGGAUUUGCGAUUUCUCGUGUAAAUUAAUCGAGAGUAUGUUACAACGUACGUUUAAUUGCAUAAAGGACUCCGCAAGAAUAAGGGAGAGAAACAGCGAGCUAGCGCCAGCCCGUGUACGAGUGUGUGCUUAAUUAGAUACGAUUAAUUAGCAAUUCUCAUCUUAGGACUAAUUAAGUUUUUCAAAGCCGCAACUUUGCCAAUGCGAGACGGCGAGACACAUGUCGAAUAGCUUUAGGGAGUGUGAUUUGUGAGUUGCGGAUAAUCUCACGCGAGGGAAAUCCGCCUCGGUCCCGGCCGGCGUGAAUGAAUAGCGCACGCGAGUGCGGAUCGACGCGGACGUUUAUACAGAUUAUAUAUAUGACAUUUUCUACAUUUGGUAAGGGAUGUUGCAUAUCGUAAGGGAGAGAGAGAGACGGUUGAUAGUAAUAAUAAACGUGAGCAACGCCGGAACAACGCAUGUUCCCUGCGCACGGCGCUCGUCGCGCGUUUAAUUAAUGUAAUAUCGAACGUGCCUUAUUUCGUGUAUAUAUGAAUAUUAUGAUCAUUAUUAUCAUUACUACGAACCUCUAUCAUAACGUGCAAGUAUUUGUGUUGAAUAAAUCGAUGUUGUUUUAUGUUA